UCCGAUGGUCACGGCAAAUAAUGAAGGACGUGAAAGGGAACUUGUACUAUACCAAGCGAAAAAUUCUUUCAGGAUUCAGACCUAAAGGAAGCAAUGAUUUCGCAUGAUGCAGGCCAGGGAGCCAUGCUUGGACUAUGGUAUUGGAAAGGUUGGAUGUUUGCUCAAAUCCCCACUUUGUGUACGUUAUGUUUGUCUGAUGGAUACUUCCUGGUAUUAUCGGAAAUUGACAAUAUAUCAAUUGUGACUAUUGCAAGAGUGAGGAGUGAGCAUUCAUUCAUUCAUCAGAUAAAAUCAUGACCAGUCCAAUCUAUCUAUUGUACAGGGUAGUCAAUAUACAAUCUACCUAAAUAAUCUAUAGCUUCUCCGUCUCCUCCAU